GUCACUCAUUUCUAAAAUGGCGAUCGUUUAGGUUGUGUGUUACUGUUUUAUUUUAUGUUUUUUUACAAAAUUGAAACUGUCUUGAUAUUAAGUUAGUAUGGGUCGCUCGCCGAGUCCUCGGCGGCGUGAGGACAGGCGAGAUCGGAGGGAUAGGGACCGGGACAGAGACAGGGAUCGAGAGAGACGGAGGCAACGGACACGCUCGAGAUCAAGAUCCUUGGAACGGCGGCGACGCUCCCCGGAGAGGAGACGCUCACCGUCCCCGCGCCGGCGGAGGUCGCGGACAGUAUCGCCGUCCACAUCGUUCGUCCCGAAGCCGAAGAAAAACUUCGGCGAGCGGCCUAUCGUCACCCCCGCAGACUUGGAGGGAAAGUCCCCCGAGGAACAAGAAAUGCUCAAAGUUAUGGGCUUCUGCGGCUUCGACUCCACCAAAGGUAAGAAGGUCGACGGCAACGUAGAGGGUGACGUGCACGUGGUGUUGAAGAGGAAAUACAGACAGUAUAUGAAUAGGAAGGGGGGCUUCAACAGGCCCCUCGACUUUGUUGCUUAGUACGGUAAUACACAACCUACGUCUGUUAGGCCUGCAGGGUCGCAUGUAAUGUGAUACUGGUGUUUAAAGCUUGUCUUCGUAUGUCAACACUUCCAGAACAAUCCAGUAACAGAAAUAUCUUUUAAAACCUUUCUUCGGGCACCAAAACUGGUACACAAUCACGUCUGUGACUCCAAUAAGAAGUAAAACUAUAUGAAGGCAAUCUUUGAAGCCAUUUUUUACUUAGCAUUAAGUGUUACACUUUUCAAUAUUGCGUUAAUGACACAAUCGAGCGCCGGCUGCAAUAUCAAUGAUGUAAAUAUUAACAUCAAAACCCUCACAUCUCAAGACAAUGUUGCAACCGACGCUCGGAUAUUAAUUAAUAUUCUGCCACAAACGCAUUUGUAUAUAUAAAUUGACAUACAAACCUGAACUGCUAUCUGGCAGUACGUGAUGUUAUUUGCAACACAGAUGCACUCCACCAGUACUCCCUCGGCUUAAAGUUACCGUCGGUUUGUGGCAGGAUUUAGUUAAGUUAGCAUAAGUCCGGUUACCUCAGUGCUCGCGCGCCACGCCCGCGCGGGUCCAGUAUAGCGCUCAGCGCACCAAGAAGUCAACAGGAGUCGAUCUGGGCCUGAUGAUAGUGGCUUAUCAAGUUGGAUACCUGAAACCCAUCUUACAGAAACUCACCGACCUGUGAUGUCCAUGUUAUUUAUCAAGUAUGGACCACCGCACAUCCCAGUCGAUUCAAAGAGCUAGCCAACUUGGUAGUCGUGCAAUAAGACUGAGCUGUACCCACGUUGAACGUUGCCCGCGCUCCGCACACAUAGUUAUAUUUAUACACUAUACACCCCCCCUUAACCCCUCAUCCUCCACAUUUACAAUAGCCAGGCCGUGAUCGGUUUGGUCUCCGGUGACCAAAAAUUGUUUUACACCUAUCCGGCAUUAUUUACAUGUGACCGGAGACCAAGGUCCGACUCGGCCGCCUUUAUAAUAUACAAAUGUUGCUUGAAUGUGAUAUUUUUUUAAGUAAUGAGCGUAGCGCGGGGGGUCUCAGCAACGAUCAGCCCAAACCGACUCCGGCUGACUUGUCACACCACUCGCACCACAUAGAAUGAAUCCUGUGUAUCAAAAUUACAAAUUGUCCCUCACAGCUUUGGAUCCAACCGAUUGGUUAAAUACAUUAAAUAAGAAUUUAGCAUCAGAAGCUACAAGACUGAUAAUAAAUGCCCGUAAUGGCGUUCACUCUGAAUGCAAACUUUAAUAAAAAAAACAACCAAAAUUAUUGAUUAUAAUAACGUACCAUAAAUGUACUCCAGCAGAUGCGGUACUAAAUUUUUUUUUUUAUAUAAAUUUUAAUGAAGAAUCUUUGCGAUUCAUUCCCACAUGUAAAUACCACGAUAAUGUACUUUUGGUAAUAAUAAAGUUUUUUUUUUUUAAUUUAUUUGCGAGCACGAAUCUACGUGAACAGCCUUGGAUGGAAAAAGAAAUGUUUUGUUUUUGUAACUGAGAAUUUUAUUUGAAAUUUGUAAUUGAUAUAUAUAUAUAUAUAUAAAAUAUUGUUUAGUUAAGUUAAAACGUUGCCGAAUGGAAUUUUUCAAACUUAUUUCCCACUGUAUACUUAUAUUGUACAAUUGUGAUCCUCAUUCGGACAGAAUUCCAAGGUUUACAAAUUAAAUAAAAAAAUGAUUUGGA